AUAAUCCACUUAUCGAAGGAUUCCUUUCUCUCUCCAGCUUCCUGUUCCUCACUUCCUAUCGAAGUCUCGAACCCUAACCCUAGCUCGAUUCGUUGCUCUCAAAAUCUUAUAUAUACAGCGCAAGCCUAAUUGAUCUGAUACAUUCGUUCUAUCAUUUGUUUAUGCGAUGAACUCUGGAUUCUAAGGUGUAUAUAGAACCCGUUUGAGUUCGCGCUUUUUGUUCGUGGGGAAUCGGUGUUCUUCGGCAUGCCGCGGUGCUUUAUUGUAAUCGAUCGAGGUAAUUGGCGUUUUCCGGCAUCGAACAGGCUUGAGAAGAUUGGAGUCGAUUCGACACCCGGCUUAAGAUUCUUCGCUUCAGGAGUUUGGUUCUUCUGACGUUUCCGCAUAGCAAGAAGAGGCCUUUUCCUUCGGCCUUUCUGAGUUGGAAGAUCCUGUGGCUUGAUUUGACCGUCGCCGAGGCUUCAUCAGCACUACAGUUUCAAGAUAAUUCUGCGGUUUGAUCAACAUCAACCACAGGAAUUCGAGAUAAUUAUGCCGUUGGAUCGUUGAGGAGUCUGCUUUGGAGGGACUUUUGCCGACGACGGCUGUUCGAGUUUGGUUUGAUUGAUCAUCUUCGAUUAUUGAAGAAAAAAUAAAUAAAAGACAGAACUGUGUUUCAGAAUUUUUGUACUUGAUAUCAAUUUUUGGUUGAUUUUAAUAUCAGGCCUAUAUUAUUUCUCUUUGAAAGGCCUUUUUUGAUUUUCUGUUGUUGACUUUCUCUGAGGUAAAAAAAAGAAUUUAUAAAGCAAAAGAAAUAUGGCGGUGUAUUUUAAGUUUAAAAGUGCAAAAGAUUAUGAUUCAAUUCCAAUUGAUGGUCACUUUAUUUCUGUUCUGAAUUUGAAAGAAAAAAUAUUUGAAUCCAAGCAUUUGGGCAGGGGUACAGAUUUUGACCUCGUUGUCACCAACGCCCAGACUAAUGAAGAAUAUCUUGAUGAAGCUGCAUUGAUUCCAAAAAAUACUAGUGUUUUAAUUCGUCGAGUUCCUGGACGACCUCGCAUGCCUAUAGUUACUGCACCGGUUACAGAACUUGAAGAGUCUAUGGUUGAAAAUAUAACUGAGGAGGCUGAAACAGUAAAAAGCGGUUUUGUGGGAGUUGAGUCUUCUGCAACCAAAUAUCCUGAUGACGAGUGGGAUGAAUUUGGGCACGACUUGUAUGCAAUUCCUGAAACCAUACCAGUUCAGUCAAGCAAUCCUGUCCAGGAGGCUCCACCUUCUAGUAAAGCUGAUGAAGAAAGCAAGAUUAAGGCUUUAAUUGAUACACCGGCCUUAGAUUGGCAGCAACAACCAGCUGAUGGCUUUGGUGCCGGUAGAGGUUAUGGACGUGGUCCAGGUGGGAGAAUGAUGGGUGGGCGUGGCUUUGGUCGAGGAGGAGGAUUUGAGCGUAAAACACCACCACCAGGCUAUAUAUGUCACAGGUGCAAGGUGCCUGGACAUUUUAUUCAACACUGUCCAACAAAUGGUGAUCCAAACUUUGACAUCAAGAGAGUGAAGCCCCCAACUGGUAUUCCCAAGUCUAUGUUAGUGACUACUCCAGAUGGUUCAUAUGCUUUACCAAGUGGGGCUAGUGCAGUUCUGAAGCCAAAUGAGGCUGCCUUUGAAAAAGAAGUUGAAGGAAUGCCUUCUACACGUUCUGUUGGCGAGCUUCCACCUGAACUCCAUUGUCCUUUGUGUAAAGAAGUGAUGAAAGAUGCGGUGCUUACUAGCAAAUGUUGCUUCAAGAGUUUCUGUGACAAAUGUAUACGAGAUUGCAUCAUUUCUAAGUUGAUGUGUGUCUGUGGGGCAACAAAUAUUCUUGCAGAUGACCUCUUGCCCAAUAAGACUCUAAGAGACACCAUCAAUCGAAUUCUGGAGUCUAAUAACAGCAGUGAACAUGGGGGCAGUGCCCUUCAAGUUCAAGAUAUGGAGUCUGCUCGGAAUCCUCAGCCGAAGGUUCCAUCCCCAUCACAAUCUGCAGCUUCCAGAGGAGAGAAAAUGCCAAACCAAUCACUUCUUCAGAAAGAAGAGACUUCAAGAGUACAGGAGGUAAUAGAAGAGGUUAAGGUGGAAAUUGCUCCACCACAACCAUUGGAGAAAGGCAGGAGCUCCAAAGUGGUUGACAUUUCUGAAGCUACACAUGAGUCAAUAAGUGUGAAGGAACCAGCUUCUCAGGGAAGUGCCCCACUGGUUGAUGAAGAAGUCCAGCAGAAGCCAGCUGUUUCUGAUGCUGGAAAGAAGAAGAAAAAGAAGAAAGCUCGCCUGCCUUUAACUGCUGCAGAGAUGCAGUGGAGAGCAUCCCAGGACAUUGCUGCUGAGAAUUAUAUGAUGCCUAUGGGUCCUUCCUAUAAUCCAUAUUGGACAGGCAUGCAACAAGGAAUGGAAGGAUUUGUGGGCCCAUAUCCUGGUCAGAUGCCAUAUAUGAAUUAUGGUCUUGGUCCUUUGGAUGUUCCAUUUGGUCCAAUGAUACCACCGAAUCCAUUUGGAGGACCGGGUUGCAUGUUACCGCCAAAUCCAUUUGGCCCUCCUCAGAGGGAUCUUGCAAACAUUGCAAUGGGAUUUAAUGCUGGCCCACCAAUUAUGAGCCGGGAAGAAUUUGAAGCUAGAAAAGCAGAUUUGAAGAGGAAGCGCGAGCUUGAGAUGCGAAGAGAGAGGGAUUCAAAAGAUCGGGAAUUUACUAGGGAAGUUAGCAGCAGUGGUGACAUUUCUUCAUUGAAACCCAAAUCUAGGCCUCCCCCACCAUCAAGCUCAGACCAUUACCACCACCGCCGAUCAGAGAGGUCCCCUCCAAACCGUCGCUCUAGUGAUCCUGAACUACCUCGUCCUUCGUCCAAGAGAAAAGCUGAUGACCGUACUGAUCAUUACCACCGUGAGAAAAGCCACCAUGAUGAUCAUUACCACCGUGAGAAAAGCCACCACGAUGAUCGUGAUCAUCACCGUGAUCGGGACCGUGAUCACCAUGGCCGUGACCGUGAGCACCAUCAACGUUCUAAGCUGUCAGAUGGCUCUGCCAAGCCAUCUUCUUCCUCAUCAGAACCUCCAAUAGCAGCAUCCAAAGCUGCCGUUGAUGAUAAAAAGUCAAAGAGGAGUGUGUUUUCCCGCAUAAGCUUCCCUGAGGAAGAAGCCGCAGCAGCAGCAGCUUCCAAGAAACAAAAGAUGUCAUCGUCCAACGAAGCACCAGCCAGUGCUUCUGCGAGUCACAGAGCUACUUCAAAUGGGCAUGUUGAAGACCAGAAGGCUUUGGUGGUAUCAAGGUCAAGGAAGACUGUUGCUGCAGCCACUGAUUAUGACAGUAGUGACGAUGAACGGCAUUUCAAGAGAAGGCCAUCAAGAUAUGAGCCAUCACCACCGCCACAACAGGAGCGGGAGCGGGAGGGCGACGAGCACCCUCGGCAUUCAAAAGGGUCAAGGGAUAGAGAGCAGGAAAGGGAUCGGAGUGGUUAUCGUAGCAAGCAUAGGUAGGUUGGAGAGUAGUUGGCAGAUGAAGCAAAUUAUUAACGGGCAUUUUGUAAUGCUGCAGAGGGGAGAGAUGACUCUAUUGUAAUGAAGUUGGGUGCUUUUAGCCUUAAAGCUCCAUGUUUUACUUCUUUCAUGUAAUAAAAUGUAUAUGAAAAUUUCUUUUUCCUUCGAAUGAAAUUAGUUGUUUUCUAA